AUGUCUGAUAAGCUUGGUGCAUUACGUGAAUAUGAUAUUCAUAGUGAUUGGACAAUUUAUAAUCGCCGUUUGGAGAGUUAUUUCAAAGCGAAUGGUAUUGAAGAUGAUGAAAAGAAACGGGCGAUUCUUCUGAAUUCGCUGAAUGAAGAGGCCUACAAACUGAUGUAUAAUUUAUGCAUGCCAGUCGUUCCAGAAAAUAAGCAAUAUAAUGAGUUAACGUCUAUAUUUGAUGAGCAUUUUAAGAGCUCUUUGUCACCGUUUGCAGCUCGCUAUAAAUUUUAUAAUUCAGCAAUGGAUGCCCACGAGACAGUAGCUAACUGGGCUGCUAGAGUAAGAAGUUUGGCCGGACAAUGUGAAUUUGGCAGCACUGUUUAUGACUGGGUUCUACGAGAUCGUUUUAUAAUUGGUUUCGAAAAAGGACCCAUUCAAGAUAGAUUAUUCGAAGAGAAAAUUACAUGCAGUUUCAGUGACGUCAUCACCAUUGCAUCCAGCAAAAUGGCGGCCCAGAAAAAUUCAUGUAUGGAGGAAGUUAAAAUUGAACCAGGCUUACACCAUAUUUCUCAGCAUCCAAGAACGCCAUCAACAGCGCAGAAUCGCAGUGUGAUGAGUGAUAGUGGUGCGUCAGGAAGUGGCGUCCAGAAUCGGCGGAAAAAGUGUACAGUUUGCGGUCGACGCAACCAUUUCACCAGUGAUUAUAUAUCACCAAAAUUCAUUAAAGCCAGACCCUUGCCUUACGGUAUCAAAGAAAAGGUGGAGAAGGAGAUUGAUAGACUCAUCGAGUUGGGGGUAUUGAAACAGGUUGAUUAUUCGAGAUGGGCCUCCCCUAUAGUACCUGUACUCAAAAAAGAUGGUUCAGUACGAAUUUGUGGUGAUUUUAAAAUAACGAUCAAUCCCCACCUCGAGGUUGAUCAGUUUCCUCUUCCACUUGUUGACGAUAUUCUGGCCGAACUAGGAGGAUCAGUAAUUUUUUCUAAAAUAGAUUUAUCACAUGCAUACAAUCAGGUUGAAUUAGAGGAGGAAUCGCAAGACUCCGGCGUGUGCUAA